CGCUAGCGGAGGCAUCAGUGGCGCAUCUCACAUCACCGCUGCUGGAAUAUAACGGCUGCUUUAGGAUGUGAACGGGUCUCGGCCUCAGCACCGGCCAAAGCUUCUGUUUUCCCAUGACAAACAGCUGCGAAAAGAGAGCGACCGCGCGCGAGAGUGAACGGUACAGGGGAGCGGAGAGAUCCUCGGUAUUAUUAUGAGAAAAGAGGACGGGGUUGUCGGAGCCGUAUUUGUUUUGCUCGCGGAGAUGAGGCGGGGGGUAGCGAGUCGCUACAACAUCGUUGGGCUCCGGGCAAGCAUUACACUGUUUUAGCACAUAUAUACCGCCGCGCUUGCGUUUUCAUCGUCAACUGACUCGUUCGAUCGUAACGGUUUGUAUCGCAGAAAAAUAAUGCAGCUGUCUCGAGGACAUCUGUGAGAAUCGCGGACUGCUGUUGUCUCUGUCAUGACAGACGCAGGCUCUACCGAGCAGGCGGUGUGAGAGAAGCACGGCCCCAGCUGCAGCAGCACGGCCGAUGUGGGCUGUGUUUACCGGGGGAGAUUAAAUCUGUAAAUACUGUUCGCGUUAUUCCUCAUUAAUCGUGUGCAAUCUCAGGGAAAAUGUCCUCUCGGUCUGCUUUACCGUCUGCGAACGACCGGAGCACAGAUCAUCAUGCGUCUUUGGUGGCGAGUCGUUCAGAGAAGGGAACGAAUGUGUCGAGUCGUUCACUGGGUGCAAGAUGUCGUAACUCCAUGGCCUCUUCCUCAGACGAGCUGCCACACAUCGGAAAUUACCGGCUCCUCAAAACCAUCGGCAAGGGCAACUUUGCUAAAGUCAAACUAGCCCGCCACAUCCUCACGGGCAAAGAGGUUGCAAUAAAGAUUAUUGACAAGACUCAGUUGAACCCAACCAGCCUACAAAAGCUGUUCAGAGAGGUGCGGAUCAUGAAGACUCUCCGUCACCCCAACAUUGUCCGACUCUUUGAGGUUAUUGAAACAGAGAAGACGCUUUAUCUUGUGAUGGAAUAUGCAAGUGGAGGUGAGGUGUUUGACUACCUGGUGUCUCAUGGGAGAAUGAAAGAAAUAGAGGCUAGAGCCAAAUUUAGACAGAUUGUGUCAGCUGUUCAUUACUGUCAUCAGAAGAAUAUAGUUCACAGAGAUCUGAAGGCAGAGAAUUUGCUUUUGGAUGCAGAUGCUAACAUAAAGAUAGCAGACUUUGGCUUUAGUAACGAGUUUACAUUGGGGAAUAAGUUGGACACCUUCUGCGGUUCCCCACCUUACGCAGCUCCGGAGUUGUUUCAAGGAAAAAAGUAUGAUGGGCCAGAGGUGGAUAUCUGGAGCCUGGGGGUCAUCCUGUACACACUGGUCAGCGGGUCACUUCCUUUUGAUGGACAGAACCUCAAGGAGCUGCGUGAGCGAGUGUUGAGGGGGAAGUACCGUGUGCCCUUCUACAUGUCCACAGACUGUGAGGGGAUUCUGCGCAGGUUUCUUGUGCUCAAUCCCAGCAAACGUUGCACUCUAGAGCAAGUGAUGAAGGAUAAGUGGAUGAAUGCAGGGUAUGAGAGCGAUGAGCUAAAGCCUCACAUUGAACCAGCGGAGGACUACAGUGACCCCAACCGCAUUGAGAUUAUGGUAGGGAUGGGUUUUACCACAGAAGAGAUUAAAGACUCUUUACUCAAUCAGAAAUAUAAUGAAAUCACGGCUACAUAUCUAUUGUUGGGCCUGAAGACUGAGGAUGGUGCUGAGUCAAGAGUUAGUGGCAGUAUGACUUUGCCGCGUGUACGUCCAAGCCCAAUUACCAAUGGAACCAACAAACACUCAUCUUCUUCAUCAUCUUCCUCAUCCUCACACAGCAAGACUCAGCGCAGCGCCUCUACCUACCACCGCCAGCGACGGCACAGUGACUUCUGUGGUCCCAGCAUGCCUGUGAUGCACCCUAAGCGUAGCCCGACCAGCAGUGGAGACCGUGAGCUGCGUGAGAGCCGCAUGCCACCGAGGAAGGCCAGCUGUAGCGUAAUGGGCAGUCGGACCCUACCACCUUCUAGUCCAAUGGUCAGCACCGCCAACAACCCUAAUAAGGCUGAGAUACCUGAUCGACGCAAGGAGAUGACCGCCACCACUAACAAUAUUCCAGGAAGUACUAUGACCCGAAGAAACACAUACGUAUGUACAGAUCGUUCUAACACUGACCGUCACACACUGCUGCAGAAUGGCAAAGACAACAGCUCCCUGUCUCACCGCCUCCCUCCCACCUCUCCUUCCACUCUCAGUAUUGUCGGAGCAGGAGCAUCCUCCUCUUCUUCCUCAGGUGAGCGCUGUCGGUUGACACGUGGAUCCACCAUCCGGAGCACCUUUCAUGGGGGUCAGCUCCGUGACCGUGUCCCACCCACCUAUGGACCUCCGCCCACGUCGCCCACCCUCAGCCAUGACGCUGGAGCCCUGCCACCCAAUGCCCGCAGCCGGGCCACUUCUAACCUGUUCAGCAAACUCACCUCCAAACUCACACGCAGGGUCAAUCUUGACCCCUCUAAACGCCAGGGCUCUAAUAAAUCAGUGUCGGGUUGUACUCUUCCACAGGGAUCCAAAACAGUUAGGUCACAAAUGAAUCUGAGGGAGUCAGCAGAUCUUCGGUCACAAGGUGAUGUUGGUGUUCCUCUUCAUACUCUCUUUCCCAGUGGCCAUUUAUCUGGGGAUCAGAAAGCGUCCGAGCCCUGGAGCGGGGGAGGGGGGUGGGAUGUAAGGGGCUAUCUCUCCCGUCCCCCCCGGGCCCCUGCAGAAGUGGUACUGGCCUUGCAUGAGGCGGCGAGGGGAUGCGGCUGCCAGGUCCGGCACGCUGGCCCAUUUCUGCUGUGCUGCAGUCAUGGGGCGGCAGGGUCAAAGGUCGCUUUCCAAGCUGAGGUGUGCCAACUGAGUGUGGGUCCCACAGAGGCAAACGGAGUACGAUACACACGCCUGUGGGGGGCCCCCCUCGCCUUCAGGCACAUCGCAUCGCAGAUCUCUAAAGAGGUGGAGCUCUGAGGGGACAGGGGAGAAGACUUGAAUCUGAGACGUCCCCUCACUAUAUCCAUCGUUAUAGCGAACUGACGUUGACCCACCCACUUAUGUGUUAUAGACUGAUCCCUCCUCCAGUCAACACUCGACAAAAACCGAAACUAAACACACAUACACGUAAACAAACAGUCACCUUAAAAGCACGGCACACUCAAACCUGACAAUAAGGAAAUCUGAAGUACAAAAACAAGCACACCCUUCCAUGCACAACAUAAGCCUGAGUGGAAACACACACACACACAUUCUGAUUCUGAACAGCCUCAUUCACUGGAUCUGGAUUGAAUCCAGUUUAGUAUUUUUAUUCUCAUUCUAGUCAUGAAAUUCUUACUUAAAUAACUGAUGUCAUUCUUUUUUUAACCACUUUUAUAUGUUUUCAACAAGUCUUGACAUUUUAAACGGGUCAUCAUUUUUAUGUUUUCGUGAUUUAAUGUGUCUUACAUUUCUUAAUACUGAGUCAAAAGCAUUGAAUCAUUGACAAUGUAGUAUUGUAGCUGCCAAUGAACUAUUUGCACAAAUGUGAAGUUGGCAAACUUAUCCUAACUUCAUCACAGCUCACAGAGCCCACACAAAUCUACAUUGCUGGCGACCACAAAUUUGAUCAGGCUGAAAGCCAACCAUCUACACUUUGUUCUUGAAAUAGUCCAAGCUAAAGUUUUGUUCCCUAGAAAAUCUGUUUUUGUGAUGUAUAGUGCCAGUUUACUUGCGUCCUACCAAUUUUAAUUUAGAAUAGACUUUUAAUGCCAAAUGACUUUCCCUGACCCUUCGCAAACAGGCUCUGUGAUUGGUUGGUCCUAGAUAUUAAUCCUUUAUUUCAAAUCCUAUUCAGUGAUGCUUUGCAAAUAACGUCACUUAUCCCUUUACCCAGUAAGAGUGGAGUAGUGGCUACCACAAAGGUGAUUUUACAGAGUGAGGUGGUUUUAGUUUUCAGUGUUAUUAAAGACACGUUUCAUGCAUUGAAGAUAUCUGAAUAAUUUUGAAAAAGACCUAUUGGACAGUGGAUCCUAUUGGAUGUUAUUUGAUUGUAAAACAAAUAGCAAUUUAUGUAUUUAGUGAAAAAAA